AUGCAAUUAUUAAAAAAACAUUAUCAAUUUAUUAGAAAUUCGGAAGAGGAUGUGGAUGUGGAACCCAAUGAAUACGGAGAAAAUUUAGCCAAGGAGUAUGAAAGGAAAUUAUUUAGGGAUUAUGCAAUUGCCGAUUUGAGUAAAUAUAAGGAGGGUAAAAUUGGGCUGCGCUGGAGAACAGAAUCAGAAGUUUUAAGAAGCAAGGGAGAUCUCAUUUGUGCAGCAUUGAAUUGUGAAGAAAAGGAAGAAUUACAAAGCUCACUUCUCAAUUUUUCAUAUAAGGAAAAUGGUGAAGUCAAACAGUGCCUGUCAAGAAUAAUUCAUGAUGGUAGAUUUGCAGAAUUUAUUAUUGGAGAAUUUGAAACACAUAAUGAGUGGAAGUUGUGCGUUGAAAAGGAGAGUAUGAAAAGUUUUUAUAAGGAUCGAGGAAGUGGAAUGCAUGCCGUAAAAGUUGAGGGAACAAUUCAUGCAUCCAUGUUUCAGGUUCUUUCAAUCUUCUAUGAGGUCGAUUUAUACAAAUCUUGGGUUCCAUCGAUGAGAGAUUCUUUGGUCAUUCACAAGUUUGGUAAAUAUCGAUUCCUGUCCUAUUUUUCAUUCAAUUUACCUUGGCCAUUCAGUCCUAGAGAUUUGAUUUCGUAUGCAUUUGCAAUUGAUAGAUUGGAAAGUGAUGGAUCCAUUAUGGUGUCUGUACAGGGAAUUACACCAGCGACUCAUCCAGAGUAUAAGGAUAAAAUUGGGAGCUACGUCAGUCAGGAUAAUGUCUGUGCAGAAUGUGAAUAUGCUAGCUUCCUUGUAAAGUAUGUUUCUCCAGAGGAAACAUUUGUUCAAAUUGUUGGAAGUGUCGAUCCAAAACUUUCCUACGUUCCUUAUUGGUUCAUUAAUAUGGUCACUGAUCAAAUUUCGUAUUUGAGCAUGUCUAAAUUGAGACAAGUAGCUAAAACAGUUCCUCAUACCGAAUAUCAAACCAGAAUUGAUAGCAAUGAUGAAAUUUAUGGAGACAUCAAAAGACGACUCGAAAUAUUCCUCUCUAAAAAGUAA